AUGUCUAUUAAAGUUUUGGGGAAAGAAAAGCAAAAGCAACGGUCGAGUUUUGCUGUUAAUGUUGUGGUGACCGGGGCCUGGGGGACUGGAUUUCCAGUUCUAGGGAAGAUGACAGCUUCCCUGUCAGAAGCCAGGGGAACUUUUGCCCACAGACUCCACAGACUCGCACAGUCUGUCUGCUCCGGGUCUCGGGGCUCGCGGAAAGGGCGCGGCGGGCUGGCAUCCGCUGUGGCGCAGUUCUCGCCUCUCACCGGGCUGCGGCCGGGUAUAGUAGUAAAUGGCCUAGUGAAUAUUAGCAUUUCCACAAUUGAGAAGCGCUAUGAAAUAAAGAGUUCCCUGACUGGCCUGAUAUCAUCUAGCUACGAUAUCUCCUUCUGUUUGCUGUCUUUAUUUGUAUCAUUCUUUGGUGAAGGAGGACACAAACCAAGAUGGCUUGCAUUUGCAUCCUUUAUGCUAGGACUGGGAGCACUUGUGUUUUCCUUGCCACAGUUUUUCAGUGGAGAAUAUCAGCUGGGGUCCAUUUUUGAAGACACUUGCUUAGCAAGAAAUAGUAGCACCAGCUGUCCCUCUUCAAGAUCAUUGCUUUCUAGCUACCUGUAUGUCUUCAUCCUGGGCCAACUGUUGCUGGGGGUUGGAGGCACCCCUCUCUACACCCUAGGCACCGCCUUCAUUGAUGAGUCAGUGCCUACACACAAAGCUUCUCUGUAUAUAGGAAUUGGCUAUUCUAUGUCACUCUUUGGCCCUGCCGUUGGCUAUGUGUUGGGAGGACAGCUGUUAAACAUAUACAUUGAUGUUGCUGUAGGACAGAGCGCUGAUGUCACUAGAGAUGACCCGCGGUGGCUGGGGGCGUGGUGGAUCGGAUUUCUUAUAGCCUGGCUCUUUGCCUGGUCUUUGAUAAUACCUUUCUCUUGCUUUCCAAAACAUUUACCAGGUACAGCAAAAAUUCAAGCUGAAAAAAUUUCCCAGACACAUCAGAGUAAAAGCAAUUCCUUGCCACACAUAGAUGAUUUGGGGCAAAGUAUGAAAGAUUUUCCAGUGGCUCUAAAGAAUUUGAUGAGGAAUACUGUCUUUAUGUGUUUAGUUCUAUCAACUUCUUCAGAAGCCUUAAUUACUACUGGAUUUGCUACAUUUUUACCUAAAUUUAUAGAAAAUCAAUUUGGACUGACAUCCAGCUUUGCAGCUACCAUUGGAGGAGCUGUUUUAAUUCCUGGAGCUGCUCUUGGUCAGGUUCUAGGUGGCGUCAUUGUUUCAAAAUUCAAAAUGACUUGUAAAAAUGCCAUGAAGUUCGCUUUGGUCACUUCCGGAGUUGCACUUGUGCUGACUUUUAUACUUAUUUGUGCCAAAUGUGAAAAUGAGCCAUUUGCAGGUGUCUCUGAGUCAUAUAAUGGGACUGGAGAACUGGGACACUUGACAGCCCCUUGUAACGCCAACUGUAACUGUUUGCGAUCUUACUAUUACCCUCUGUGUGGAGGAGACGGAGUCCAAUACUUUUCUCCCUGCUUUGCUGGUUGUUUAAACUAUGUUUCAAAGAGUAAACCAAAGAUAUAUUACAACUGUUCCUGUAUUGAAAGGAAGGCAGAGAUAACAACUGCAGAAAGUGUGGGUUUUGAAGCUAGAGCUGGAAAAUGUGAAACUCACUGUGCAAAUUUGCCCAUAUUCCUUGGCAUUUUUUCUAUUACAGUGAUUUUUACCUUUAUGGCUGGCACUCCUAUAACUGUGUCCAUAUUGAGGUGUGUUGAUCAGAGGCAACGGUCUCUAGCAUUGGGAAUGCAGUUCAUGUUGCUUCGAUUACUGGGUACAAUACCUGGACCAAUUAUAUUUGGUGCCACAAUCGACAGCACAUGUACUCUGUGGGAUAUCAAUGAAUGUGGAAUUAAAGGUGCUUGCUGGGUCUAUGAUAACAUCAAGUUGGCCCAUAUGCUCGUAGCCAUAAGUGUUAGUUGUAAAGUUAUCACUAUUUUCUUCAAUGGACUUGCAGUCUUUUUGUACAAACCACCACCACCAGGCACUGAGGUGUCCUUUCAAAAUCAGAAUACAGAUGUCACUACUGUUUCAGUACAACAAGACCUCAACAAAGCAGUAAAUGAUGGGUGAAUGAGAAAAUGGAAGUUAUCUUACAGCUGAAAAAUCAACCUUCAUUUCUGAGCACACAGUGCCAUUGCAGCAUUAUCUACCAAAUAGAGACAAUAUUUUAAAACCUGAUGUUUUAUAAGUGAGUGUGUUUGUUGCAUGUACAUGGAGUACUGUAUUUGUUUUAAUGUAAGAACCGGACCUGUGCCUUCAAAGCCCAUCAAAGCCUCGAGUCACAUGUGCUCACUUUUUUCCACUCUUUAGGUAUGAAAUCACCAACUAAUAGUAUGAAAACGGCCAACAAUUAGUUAAAUGUUUACAUUUUAAAAACAUAAUGAGAGGGCUGGGGAUUUAGCUCAGUGGUUCCGCCGCCU